AUGGCAGCACAUGGCAGGUUAUACACAAGAGAUAGAUUACAGAGCUGGGGAGUACGAGUGGAUCAAGAAUGUGUUCUGUGCAAGCAAGCAAAUGAAAUCAUACAGCACCUGUUCUUUGAAUGCUCUUAUGCAAACACAUUAUGGAGCACACUGUUAACAUGGCAAGGGAUUAAAAGAUCAGUAAAUGGCUGGGAUGAGGAACUAAGAUGGGCUGAGAUGUGGACUAAGAGGAAAACAACAGCAGCUGAGUUAUAUAAAAUGGCACUAGCAGCAACAGUGUACUAUGUUUGGCAAGAAUGGAAUGCUCGAACUUUCCAAGCUAAGGCAAAAGAAUGGGAGUUAACAUGCAAGAAGAUUAUACAAGAGCUGCAUUGUCGAAGUAGUAGGCAUACUGAGAAAAUCCUACAUAGACUAGACUGGUACCCAUCAGGAUAA